UUUACUUUUCUUGCUUCGCUUUGCUGUCGUUGAUAUAACAUUUACAUGAUACUUCUUCUCGUCAAACUAUGAGCAAACACGAAUCUUGAUAAAAUAUAUGUAUAAUAAUCUUACUAGAGAAUGCAUCAUUGAUGUUGGAUUUGUGAAGGUAAGAUCUCAUAAUGCAUCCUUUCAUUAGCACGCUCUAGCGAAUCUGGGCCUUUAAUCGCGAAAUCCUUGAGCUUCAUUUGAUCUCAGUUAACCAUCCCACUUCAAAAAAAGUCGAACUCAAUGCCGUUUGUAAUCCCGUCUUAGAACAACUCUUCUCUUUAAAUUCUAUCAACUCUGUGGCAAAUGUCAAAGUUCACAAAUACAUCUUGAGUCUUCUUUCAACAACCUAUCAACAAUGGCAUCGCAUCAGCUUGCCAUAGCGAAAGCAUCGUUUUCUGCAAGUCUCCUUCGACGCGAUCCAACGCCAGUAUCAAGAGAAGCUAUCGCAGAAUUUCAUAGCCAUUUGAACAGCGUCAUAUUGCAAUGCUCGUCAAUAAAUGUCCAGGUUUGAUCAUACACUCUAAUGGAUAUAACUAUGCGAUAACUAAAUCGUGCUCGAGGAUAGAAAUGCAAGCAAUGGAUAUUGGAGCACAUUGUACAAUCUACAGCAAGAUUCACAGCACUGGGAAAAUAUUUAAUCGUAUUUGCGACAUCAUUCACAAAAUCUUCAAACGGCGAACCUUCGAUCAAGCGCAAGCGCAUGCAUAUACUCUACCUUCUCAAUGACAUCCUUUACCAUUGCAAAUACCGAGCCAACGAUGCAUCUGUUUGUGGCAAGAUCCAACCUGUAUUGGUCAGUCUACUCGGAAGCACAGCAUCGUUUAAAGAUUGUCCGAAGCACCAGCAAAAGAUUCAAGAUUUACUUGAUAUAUGGCAGGAAAAAGGAUAUUAUUCCAACGAAUACAUCGGAAAGCUGCGUGAAGCUGCCAAAAUCGCUUCAGAGGUCGGGCAAUUCACCGAAGAAUUGAUUGGGUCUACGGAAAAUGGAGAGCAAGGACUUGGACCGAAGUUAACCAAGACCGCACCAUUUGUUAUGCCAGCAAUGCAUGGAGAGGCAUCGAUGCCCUGGUUCGACUUGCCCGCUGGAAAUUUGAUGCCACAUAUCGUUCCAAACUCAACCAGACCAAUAAAUCCAGACAUGGUCAAGCCAUUACAGUUUGUUGCCGGACCCGCGGAUGAAGAACUUGUCAUCGCUGUGAAGGCUCUUCUAGAUGAUGUUCAAACUAUCUUUGGUGCAGAUCCUAGCCAAGAUGAAAGAAAUGUGUGUGAUGUGGACGAACUCGGUCAGCCAAUUAUCCUGGACGAGAUUACCGGCGAAAUAAUCGAUGGAGAGGGUUACUAUGGGUGGUCGAGAGUAUUUUGUGAGAAGAUGAAGAGACGGCGCAAGGGACUCGAACCUAUUAGUGAGCGCGGCCAACGCAGUCAAAGUAGAAGCUUGAGUCCGCAGAGAAAACGGCGUCAUAGUGAAUCAGAGGGGUCCGAGGAAAGCUCCAGGAGUCGCCGGCGACGACGCUCAUACAGCUCUUCGCGCUCGCCAUCCCCUGAUUACGAAAGAAAUGCCAAGCACAAUGAAUACUCUAGAUCAAAUUCAACGGGCAGGCGACAAGAUUAUGGAUCGGGCGACAAUGGGAAAGAUUAUGGCGAAGACGACUCUCCCGAUCGACCUACAGGAAACACAGACCUACAAAUGCCUGAGACUUACAAUGUGGCCGUACCUGCCCAACAGAGCGGUUUUCCCUCAAAUCAAACAUAUACGAAUCCACCACCAAUGCCGUAUCAGCCGUACCAGCAAGGCUUCAUUCAAGCAUUCCCUCCAAACCUUGCUCAAUAUCAAGGUUCAAUGCCAUGGCCACCGCCUCCUCCUCCAGGACAUCCACCAUUCCCAAACAUGCCUUUCAACCCUGUUAAUCCACAAUGGCCUCCACCACCUCCUCCACCCAACUUUCCUUCAAAUUACCAACAAACUGCGGGAGGCUAUCCUGGGCCCACAGGUUGGCAACCGCCGGCACAGGGAGGUCAAGGAAGAGGCUACCACAGAGGAUGGAACAGUUCCUAUGGAGGGCAAGGCAGGGGUGGCAGAGGAAAUUUUAGGGGAAGAGGUUGGUCAUGAAGUUUACAUACACGCAUUCGGCGGUUUUUCUGUUGAGAGAAAGAAUGUGGCUAUAUGAGUUCCCCCCACGCGUCGUCAUAAAAAGCGGAGUAUCUUGCCACAAAAAUUAAUAGCACUUAUUAAAGUUAUACGAAAAAAAAAAGAAUAUUGGUUGUAUUUCCUCCUUGUGCAACCGCAUCUAACC